CGCGCUUUUUACGGUCGAUGAGCCGAGAGGCUACCGCGCACUUGUCGCGCACAGACAUUGAGAGCCUUCUGUAGCGGAAUAACUGCAUCGCUGCUGGCCUUGCCUACAGCCAGAUGACGGCUAACAUCGAAGAGAAUGUGCCGCUCAAGACGGAAGAGGCCCAGUGGGAUCUUGAUCUCUCGACGCCGUACCGUGAUCCAGCAAAGCUGACAUGGCUGACGAUCCUCUUGAUCACUACGCUUGCCGGGAUGCUGUUCCUAAGUCUGGCUCUCAAUGGACCCGAAGACGCAGACGAUCGGCCGCUCCAUCCGCGCUUGACCGUCAUGCGUGACAACUCGAUCUUUCCGGAAUGGCCGGUCGCGGUCAGAGAACAGUGUGAAAAUGCGAUCGAGGCAAAUGAGCACUGGCCGAGCAAGGAGGCCUAUCUACGCGGUCGGAAGAACACGACUGACGUCGACGUGGCUGGCCGAACAAUCUGCGAUCGCAGUCUGACAUUCUUGCUCGACGACAGCUUCGACUUUGCCAUGAAUGUCAAUGCCGUCCUACAGGCCUUUGCGUAUGCAGAAGAGACGGACAGGGCGUUCUUUAUUGACGAGUCGCAGAGCCAUCGCUCGAAUUGGUCGACGCUCUUCGAGGUGGACUGGUUGCCCACGUGCGCUCCACCUCCAUCAGAAGAGAUGCAGGGCUGUCCGAGCGCAUCACGACAUCUGAUGCUGACGCCAGAAAGCCUGGACUGGUACUUUGGCGACGAGUACAUCAGACGGUUCGGCAGGCCUGACGCACGCGGCGCGUACCGAUUCAGGCCCAUCGCAGAGCGCGCCUUUUCGAGUAUGGACACCGUCUUGCAGCCCUCUCGAGAGUUGCAAAGGCUUGUGUCGAAGGCAACAGCCGAGAUGGGUCAUCACGGCAAGCUGUAUCGACCGUAUUUGGGCGUUUUGCUCGACGAGCAUCAGACGACUGGCCAACGACGCGUGUGGAAUUCGCCAGAGUUGACCUGUCAUCGCAUCAGAGAUUUGUGGGCUAAUCUCAGAGAAGAAGAUUUCGAAGAUCUUUCGCCGGAACCUGUGCUAUGGCUUGCUGGCAGCCAGAGAGCGAUCGUUGAGUUCGAAGUCGCUUGCAACAACACUCGACGGUUCUCGCUCACGCAAUCACAUGACGAGGAUCUGCGCGGUCUGAGCGAAAAUCGCACGCUCGUCGGACUGAUGCUCGACCAGGCGAUGCUGGCUGGCGGCUUCGGCGUCGGUCGUGCGCAGCGAGUCGAGAUGGAGACCGGGACGGACAGGCUGCUCGAGAUUGCGCACGAGGCGGGAGGUCACCAGUAUUAUCGAGAGAAACGGGAUGCGAGUAGACCGAGUCCGGAGGCAGUACUGUGUCGACAGGAAGGGGAUCUGUGUAAGCUUGCGGCAAUCCAGCUCGGCUUCGACAAGUCGAUCGCAGACAGCAGGUGGGUCGACAUGCUCGGCCGGACUCAGGACCCGUACAUGGUCUUCAACACGGGUCGUGACAGAGCUUAGCGGCUCGCUUGCAGAUGCAAUGAUUCGUCGGCUGAUCUCAGUCCAGUCCGGGCGAGCUAUCGCGUGCUCUCCGAUU